UGUCGAGAUUUAAUGAGCGCAUAUUUACAUCCUGUUUAAAAAAAAUGUCGAGGAAAUCACGGAAAGUACCCGAAACCAUCUGCCAUAAGGUUGACGAUUCGCAAAAGUUCUUCAAGAAUGUGAAGAUAUUUCUGCUGAAUGCAGGAAUAGAAAAGGCUCGCUGUGAUAUUUUCCGUAAACAGACUGAGAGAUAUGGCGGUGUACUUGUGUCCAACAUGGAGGAUUUGCCAGGUUACAUAGUCGUUGAAGAUAAAAUGGAAGCUGAGAGAAUGUGUAGACUACUUAGAAUAGAUCAACCUCCCUCAGAUGUAAACAUUGUUAAGUCUUCGUGGUUAAGUGCAUGCAUUAAACAAAAACAAUGUGUCGACAUCGCCACACAUGAAUUAGAUUUAUCACUUUUCACAAGAAAGAGAAAGAAAGAACUUGAUAUAAAUGAUUCGGGAAAUGAGGAAGAAAAGGAUAAUACUUCAGAGAAAAACCAGGAGCAGAAACCGGCGAGGAUGUGGCACAGUUACAAGAAACCGAAGGUGGAGGAAGAGGAAGGGGUGGAUCCAGAGAGUGAUUAUGCACCCAGUGAUGGGGAGGACACAGUACAGGGGCCCAGUACCAGUUCUACAUCAUCCACAUCACCAGAAAAGCUGAUUGCUAAAGGACAAUGGAUAUGUACUCAGUCAUCAAAGAAUGUAUCGGGGAACCUUAAUGAGCACAUCACCAGUAAACUCGAAGCAAUGGUGAAGAAAUAUGAAUCAACUAGUGAUCAGUGGAGAGCGUUUGGCUACAAGAAAGCCAUCCAGGCACUGAGAAAGUACCCCAAACCAAUUACGAGCUGGGAGGAAGCCAAAGCUCUGCCCGGUGUAGGUGCUAGAUUAGCGGACAAAAUCUGGGAAAUAGCGGAGAGUGGAGAACUCCGCAAACUGAAUGAAUUCAAUGCUGACGAGGACAUCAAAGUGAUUGAAUUAUUUACAAAUGUUUGGGGGGCCGGGGCACACACAGCAAGACAGUGGUUUCAACAGGGGUUCAAAACACUUGAUGACCUGCGGACAAAAGCUAAGCUAACACACCAACAGAAGAUUGGAUUAAAUCAUUAUGAUGACAUUCUGGACAGAAUGCCGAGAUCUGAGGCAGCUGCCAUAGAGCAAGUGGUGAGGAUGGCCGCGGAGUCUCUCGUUACCGGGGUGAUUGUACAAUGUUGUGGAUCGUAUCGGCGCGGGAAAGCAACCUGUGGGGAUGUUGACAUUUUGGUGACACACCCCGACGGAAAGUCCCACAGGGGUCUGUUCUCCAAACUGCUGUCCAGACUGAAGGAAACGGUUAUCUGGUCGCGCCCAGUUUUUAUUGGUGGAAGAGAGCACCCAGAUACAAUGUACCUGGUAAGAGACUACCGGCCUCCUGCAAAUAAACUGGGAAACCUUCUCACUUACCGGCGCGAGUUAUGCCAAAUAUAGUUUGUACUUGAUAAGCUUGGUUUCAAUCCCAUUCUCUGUACCACACAAUGUACACGCAGUAUAUACAGUGUACAUGUGUGUACUAUACAAUGACAACUAUGCUAGAUAUAAGUACAAAUGUUUAGAAUGGUAAUUUUGAGACUUGUAAACUGUAUUUUUCAGAGUUUUAUCUAAUGCAAAUCUAUUUGCCACACAUUUUUCAACGUGUUUUCGCUUGGACUCCUAGAUAUUAAAAAAUAUAUACGAAAAAGAGUGAUUUCACAGAGUUGCGUGUUCUAUAUAUAAAAAGGGAAGAAUUUCUCAGUAAAUCCCUGUCUAUUUUUAGCGCGGGAAUUCCCUUGAAGUGAGAUGGAAUUACCCACAUCACACAUUUAUUCUUACCGAGUCUGGUAAUGAUUAAUAAUAUAAAAAAAAACACCAAACAAAACAGGUGCCCGUGCCACUCCCUGCUUACAGCGGGGGAGGAUAAAAUAAAUCCUCGUGUUAGAUUAGAAACGAAAGGUAAUUUGUAUUUACCUAAAAUAUUAUCUCACAGUCGUAGUAAAACUUCAAUAUUUCCGGCGCGCAUGUUUACAUAGGAAUUUUAAAUAUAUUUUUUUAAAAUAUAUGAUUCAUAGACAGAUAAGGGGUACAUUAAAAAGGAAAGGUGGGGUGUUCAACAAAUUGUGUUUUACAUUUUAGUAUGACUUUUCGUGACGUUUCAAUUUAAUCAAUAUUAAUUUGAUUUAGUGUGCGGCCCUUGUGAAGUAUUUUAGAUUUAAAGGUAAACAGAAUCCAAUAUGAUUAUUAUUCUACGACAAUAUUCCAAGUCCAAAUUGGUUUGGUAUUUUGUUUACCGUUUGAAAAAAAAAAACCAACAAAAAAAAACAAACCAUGCAGAUGAACGAAUUGUAUCAUAACCGUUCAACUGUCCCGACAUGGGAUACAGGUCACAGAAAUAUUAAUUUGAUGUCAUGGCGCUUUAACAUUUGUUGUAUACAGUGUUAUGGAAAUAAUACACACUGAUCAACAGAUAACGUGCUCUUUUAUUUAACAAGUGUGAAUCGGAUCUUCUACUAUAGUGACGUCAGAGCAGGAAGCUCUCUACCUUAGCAAAAAGGUUGAGAUCAUGCGAUAAAUAUUCACAGCGCGCGCCGCUGGUAUAAAACCUGACGAGAGCCUGUGAGUCGUCAGUAAAGCUGAAACUAUCGAAGACAACACGUCAUAAUAAUUAGCUUAGUUAUGACUGUUCAAGGGGCGAUGGUAGAACGAUACAACUCUCACCGCCGAGACGCGCUAGCAGACAUUUUCCAAGGAAUCGACCCCACUCUUCAGAAGAGGUUGGUGCAAUCUGAACUGGACGACAGGAAGAGGUGCCACUGGAAGCGAUCUAAAUCUGUGGUGGAUGGAAAAGAAAAUACAGACAGGGAUAUAGUGACGGAGGAUGGCGAAGGGUAUAUGUCCCGUCGGAGACAUGCUAUGGGGGAUAUAUAUGAAGGAAUGACCCCAGAACUUCUGAAACGUCUCUCCCCGGGGGUGGAAAAGUUUUACAAAUCCGACGAUUCUUUCUACACAGAGAACUUUUCAAAGAAAGUGGCUGGGAAACUUACACGGUCGUUCUCCAUGGUGUCAGAAAACGAAAUGUUGAAAUUCAACGGAUUCUGUUGGCAUGAACGAAGAAAUGGUGUUCCAGACAUUUCAGAGAAACUUAAGAAAUUCGAGAAAAAAUAUCUGCGGAAUAUCUACUUUGCAAACUUUACAUCCCCAAACAGCAUAGUGUGUUACUAAGACGCAAAGUGUUGUUAAACAAUGGUUGUGAACAUUAAACGUUGUGAUGGAAGUGUAUUAAGGAAUGUGUUCUAAACUCUUCUCUAUUUAGUACAUAAAUGUGUCUGGUAUGUAUUACAUACUUUGUCGUAUAUAUGUGAGUACGUUUUGUGAUGAAAUGUUUAUACGGUGAAACCGCUAUCAAUCACUUAUCCACAGUUAAGAUUUAUUUAUAUUUACACAAGUAUUGUGUCAUUUCUCUUGAUAUUGCUCAUAUUGCUUUUUGUUAUUUGUUAUUUUUUUUAUUGACGAUAAUGUGAAAUAAAAUUAUAUGAAUAUGA